CUCGAGCGCCGCGGCCAGGCGCUGGGGCAGCCGUAAAGCGGCCCCCACGCGCCUCCGGAGACGCAGGGACGCACCCGGCGCCCACGAAGAGCUGCCCGGAGGCCGCACACAAAGCGCAGAAGGUUGGACAGCAGGGGGCAGCCGCAAACACAGAGCACCAUGGCAAUAGUAAAAAAAACGGGCCCGACGGCCAAGCGCUUCCCCUUCAAUGUCAAUUAUAACCCGGAACUGAGGUACAACUGGGAGACUGGAAGGUUUGAGAACGACGCUGCUCAAUAUGAUCCGGCCCCGGGCGACCAGUGCAUGUAUGGCCUCGACCGCUUCUGGGACGAGCGCUACUUUAAAAAUGCGGAGCCCUUCGAGUGGUACCACGACUACCACGCGCUGAAGGGGUUGCUGGACAAUUUCCUGAACAAGGAAGAUAAUAUCUGUCUGAUCGGCUGCGGGACGUCGGAGAUGGCCGCAGAUAUGGCUGCCGAUGGGUAUAAGUCGAUCAUGAACCUGGACAUCUCGCGUAUCUGCAUCGACGAGAUGCAGACGAGGUAUGCGGACAUAUCUGGUCCACCGGUCUCUCUCAAGAAGAAGAAGUUGAAGAAGGGCCAACGGUUGACCGCGGACGACUUCCCGAAAAUAAUACUAGGGCAAGAUCUGGGCGGCGUGCAGUGGCGCCAGGGCAACGCCUGCGACCUGGAAGCGACGUUCGACAAUCAAAUCUUUGAUGUGGUCUUGGAUAAAGCUUUACUCGAUGCCUUGUAUUGUGCGCAAAAACCGCAAAAGCAGGUACGAGCCUACUUACAAGAAAUGGACCGUAUUUUGAAACCUUCUGGGUUGUUCUUUUGCGUUUCCUACGGUCUGCCCGAAACGCGCCUGGAGAAACUCGAAAACAUUGAUCCGGAGGACGAGGAGCACCUGGCCUGGUUCUGCGAGGUCCACGCGAUCCCCAAAAACGAGGUCAACCCCUACAAAGUAAGCCAGCUCAAGGAGCCGACGGACGUCUACUACGUUUGUGCCUGUGUGGAAAUCAACCAGUGAGUUAGGUUAUCGCGACGUCGAUGGCGUGGGGCGUCCGAAACUUGAUCUCCACACAGGUCUACACCUGUAGAAAAGACGAAAAGAUGGACAACGAGAAGUGCAUGGCCAUCGCCUCGAAGAAGGCGCGCGCGAAGGCCGCCGAAGUGUCCAAAGGACGGAAGAAAAAAGGAGGCCUCAAGAAGAAGAAGAAGCGUGGUGGUGCUACGUAAGAGUGUGUUUGUUACGUCGGGGGGAGGGAAUGGGGAAGGA